UCCCUGGGUUACCAUCAACAACUCCGCUAGCUAGUUACGGGCAGUUACGUUUGCGUGGCUUCAGGUUAUAAAACCUUUUACAGUUACCGGUACACUGUGUAAAGCGGUACUUUACAGUCAAAUAAAAAUAUGAGUGAUGUUAAUUUAGCUGUAAAAAGCGGCAUAUAAGAAGCUUUGCAGCGAACUAGCUUGCGCGAAUAUUAGCUAACGUUACCAUGCUAAUGUCUAUUCGCGCUAUCGGAGGAGAUUGUUCAUCGUUUUCAGGAUGUCAGCUCAGGAGCACAGGACACUGGCUUACACGAAAAGCCCGAAAACAUCGAAAAGAACAACAUUUCAGGAUGAACUUCACGCCGCUGUCUCUGCCAGAGCAAGCAAAACAAAAGCAGACAAAUACUCCUACUACAAUGACUUGGAGGAAGAUGAAGAUGAUUUUUUGAAUAAACUCCUCCAAUCGAGAAAAAAGAAGGCUGGUGCUUUCAAGGGUGGGAAAAGCAAAGACAAGAUUAACAACUUUGAGCUUUCGGACGAUGAAGGUAAACACAGCAAGCCCAAGAAAGUUUCAUUCCUCAAAACCCAAAGGAUCGUCUCUCCCUCCAAUGACACGACGGCGUCAGAGUUGCGUGAAAACCAGCCACCGGACUCACACGCUGAUCAUAGUGGGUCCUUUUCCUCGCAGCACUCCACAAAUGUCAGUGGAGAUAACACACAGUUUAAAAACAGUGAUCUGGAGUCUGCUGAUCCUCAAAUAUCAGGAGAGAACUCGAGGAAGUCUCUGUCGUCAAACCAAACGUCAGAUGAUACCCUGCUUGACAUGCCAUUGGCCUCACCGUCUGACACCCCAGCGGAAACUCCAGGUCCAGAGGACGAUGGUGAGUCUCUUGAAAGAUCCCAAGAUCUACGGUUAUCAGCGUCUGACCUAAAUAGCGCAGCCCCAUCAGGUAGUGUCACAGAAACUGAGCCACCGAGACCCAAACCACGGCAAAGGACACUUGGACUGAGCUUCCCCGCUGCUGAGAGGCCGGCCGAAGAGACUGAACCCCAGGACCUCAGCAGACCUCAGACUUCUUCCGCUUCAAUUCCCCUCUCAGCGAACACAUCCAGCAGCACUGCUGAACGGAGCUACAGUCCACAUUGGGCAGAAGGAGAUCACGUGGUUUCGUUUAGUGUCAGUAAAUCCUCUUCGAAUAAGAGUGAACAGUCACUCUUCGCCAAGUCCACAGUCGAUUCUGGAUCCAGAGAUGACUUGAUUUCCGAUGACAGCAAAAAGCAGGAGAGAAACUACUCCACGUCAUUUGAAGAAUUCAGUGAAAGCUCCAGACAUCACUCAGAUCAACUCUCUCAUGCCCACGAGCAAACAUGUGAUACCAGGACUUCAAGUUCUCGGUCUAACACCUCUCAGAGGCCUCAGAGUGUGUGCUCCAGGAAAGUGGAAUCAAAGUAUCUGGGAACUCUGCAAGUCCUCGACCGCAAAGUCUCACUACAAGAGUCUCAGCCACAAGCUGCAGAUUCACUCAGAGCUGCUGUUUACCAGGAAUGGCUUAAAAAGAAAAAAGAAAAGUCGAGAGAGAAGAUGCAGCUAAAAAGGAAAGAGGAAAUUCUGAAGGAAAAGAAGAAAAAGGAGGAGGAGGAUAAAAAGGGAGAUGCUGUUGCAUCCUAUGAGGCUUGGAAAGAGAGGAAGGUGGAAAGCCUCAAAGCAAAGGCCAAAGAAAAGCAAGAUAUGAUUAGAAAAGAGCAAAGAGCAACUGAAGAGAAAGAAGACAAAAAGCAGUCUGCCAGACAGGUGUUUGAAAAGUGGAAACAGGAGCAUGAUCAUCUGCUUAAAGAGAAGUACAGGAAACAAAAAGAGGCUGAAAAUAAACUUAAGCUGAAAAAACAAGAAGAGGAGGAAGAAAGAAAAAGAGACAGCAAGUCUGCUUUUUCUGACUGGUAUGCAAAGAAGAAAGACGUCAUCCAUGAAAAUGUCCUGACGAAGCAGAAAGAGAUCCAAAAUAAAGAAGAGGAAGAGCGAUACAUGAAAGAAGAGAGGGAUAAAAUGGCUUUAGAGACGUAUGAGAACUGGCUGGCAAGAAAAGAGCUGGAACAGAAAAGACAGAGAGAAGAAAGACGGAUACAAGCGAUACUCGGGGACAGCCCGCCUCCACCGUGGAGCCCUCCAAAUAAAACCAUACCGUUCCGAAAAACACAUUAGACGUGUAACAUAACACACCUGGCGUCUGCUGGUGUUAUGUUACAUUUACAGCUUAAAACGUUUGCGCUGUAUUUUGGAUGGCAGCUGGUGAAGUUGAUAUUUUUGUAAGAUUUUGUAUUAGGCAGCAGCUCUACUGCAAGUUUAUAUUUUUAUAUAUAUUUAAGUGUGUUUUAGAAAGAAAAAAGUGAAACAAUGAAACCUUUUUUAAUAAAUUCCUUAUUAGCUUGUUGUAAAGCAGAAUGCAGGAUAAGAAGCAGUUAACAUCAGGAUUGAAAUACUGUUGAUUCCUCUGCAAAGUUUAUGUUCGUCUUUAGGUUUAAAGGAUCAGCAAAAGUUCACACAAUCACAGGACGGAUGUUUAACAUCGAUCAACAUGUAAAUUAUUUAAUCUGUUUUACAGUGCUGGUUAUUUUGGGACCCCCUCGAAAAUGAGAUGCUGCGUCUCAAGGGGCCGUCCCUUAAUAAACUCAAAUUCAAAUUUAUUUUUAGUCCAUUCACAAAUAGUUUUACUGCAAGUGAGAAACAAGUGUAAAGGAAUGCAAAAGUAAAACAAUCAUUUCUCCGUCCCAGUUUGGGGCUGACACUUUGAACAAGUCUCUGCGGAGGAAAACCAUUUUGGAUUUACAACUCAAACACAGUGUAAUUGUCCUAAUGAGUGAGUGCUGUGAAGGCACUAGUUUAUGGCCUUGUCUGCUUUUGCUCAAUUAUCCAAUAAAAGACCCAAAACUGUUAUUAUGCCCCAUAAAUCUGUUCACAUACCUCGAUACAUAGAAGUCUCCCAGAGCCACUGACAUUAGUUUAGGUUGUUAGCUAUUGUCACUUCCACAAGAUGUUAAUAAAGAUGUACAAAGGUGUGAAAUAUGUUU